AUGGCAGACUCAGAAAAAGAUGGUCGUCUCUACGAAACCACACCAGUGGGCCCCUUCGACGUGGAGAAAGUCCAGCCGGUUGUUGAAGUCUCUGAUGCAGAUCUCUCAGAAAUGCUGGACACCCUGCGCGAAACUAUCAAAGACCAUGAGCUGGAUCCCAACUUCCCCACGGAGAUCCUCAACUCGGCUCGUGCUGCACUGCGAGAGACACCCGACAAGUUAGAAACAGCCCGUCUGCAGGGUCUUAUAGCUGAGAUACAGGCUGAACGUGAUCUUCUGCUGAAUGAUUCACCCUAUGCCGAAGUUCGUGCGGUUGUCGACAAUACCGAUGAUCCCUCAACGCCGGUCAACACCUUCCGUGCUUGGUUUCUCGGUAUUAUCUUCACAAUCUUGGGUACUGGGAUAGAUCAAUUCUUCUCUCUGCGGUAUCCCGGAAUUUAUCUCUAUACUGUCGUUGCUCAGUUGCUGUCCUAUCCAUGUGGUGUGUUCCUCGCUCGAGUUCUACCCACCACCACCUAUACUGUCUGGGGAAGAAAUUUCAGUCUUAAUUCGGGUCCCUUCAACCAGAAGGAGCACAUGCUCAUCUCCAUCAUGUCUAAUGUUGGAUAUGGAGGCCUCAAUGGAACAGCCUACGUGACCUACAUCUUCCAGGUACUCAAACUGGAGAUGUUUUACGGCAUGAAGGAACUGGCCGACAGCGCAGGAUUCCAAAUUCUGCUGACUCUAUCUACCCAGUUGAUUGGCUACGGAUGUGCUGGUAUCACACGUCGAUUCUUAGUCUACCCUCCUGCCAUGUUGUGGCCCAAGAACCUGGCCCAGAUUGCUCUCAACCGAGCCCUGCACAACGACGGCAGAUCAGAAUCAAUCCACGGAUGGACGAUGUCUCGCUAUCGAUUCUUCCUGUACUGCUUUUGUGGAAUGUUUGUCUACUUCUGGUUCCCCGACUACAUCUUCCAAGCCUUGUCUUACUUCAAUUGGAUGACUUGGAUCGCGCCGGAAAACAUCAAACUGGCUAUCAUCACUGGCUCAAUUGGUGGACUAGGAUUUAAUCCCCUCCCUACCUUUGACUGGAAUGUUAUCUCAUACGCCUGGGAUCCAGUUGUCACCCCAUUCUUCUCCUUGCUGAACUCUGUGAUCGGCAUGGCGCUUUCUGGCCUUGUGAUCAUCCUGCCUGUUUACUUCUGCAAUGCGUGGAAUACUGCCUAUCUGCCCAUCAACAGCAACGAUGUCUUUGACAACACCGGCAAUAGUUACAACGUUAGCCGUAUCCUCACCUCGAAAUUUACCCUCGACGAGAAGGCCUACGAAGUGUACGGCCAAGCCUAUCUCUCUGCCGCCAAUUCAGUCCUUUACUCCGGCUUCUUCGCCAUCUACCUCGCAACUAUUGUUUACGCGGGACUCUACUACAGACGAGAAAUCAUGACUGGCUUCCGUGCGGUACUCAAGUGGUCGAGCGCUCGAGAUGAGUACCACGAUGUGCACAACCGCCUCAUGCGUGAGUACAAAGAGGCCCCUGAAUGGUGGUACUUGAGUAUCCUAGCCAUCGCGUUCAUUAUGGGGUGCGUUUGCUGCAGUAUCUAUGACACCGGAAUGCCGAUCUGGGGAAUCGUCGUUGGUUUGUUGCUCUGUGUUUUCUUGCAGAUCCCCAUUGGAAUCAUUCUGGCCGUCACUAAUGUUGAGGUCACCAACAACGUUAUUGCCGAGUUUAUCGGUGGCUACGCUGUGCAAAACAACCCAAUCGCAAACAUGAUCUUCAAGUCAUAUGGUUACAUCGCAUCCGCACAGUCAAUUCAGUUUGUUGCUGAUCUCAAAUUGGGUCAUUAUAUGAAGAUCGCUCCCCGCACACUGUUUGCCGCCCAGACUAUUGCCACUGUCGUUGCUGCAUUUGUGUCGAUUGGAGUCAACGCCUGGCAGAUGAACAACAUUAAGGAUGUUUGUUCUUCUGAUCAAUCAUCCAAGUUCACAUGUCCUGAUACUCACACAUUCUUCACGGCAUCCGUUAUCUGGGGAGUCAUUGGCCCUGCACGCAUCUACGGCAACAAUGGCAUCUACCACCCUCUGGAAUGGGGAUUCCUUGCUGGCGCUCUUCUCCCCGUCCCCUUCUACUUCCUCGCUAAGUGCUACCCCAACUCUUGGGUCCGCUUUAUUAAUAUUCCUCUUAUCUUAUCUGGUAUCCUUUGGUGGGCCCCGUACAACUUCACCUAUGCUUGGCUGGCUCUCGUGGUUGGAUUCGGUGUCAACUACUACGUGAAGGGCAGAUAUGAAAGGUGGUGGCAAAAGUAUGCCUAUGUGCUUAGUUCCUCGUUCUCCUGCGGGAUUGGUAUUGCGGGUCUGGUGAUCUUCUUUGCUGUCCAGUUCCAUGCUGUUGAUAUUAACUGGUGGGGCAAUACCGUGUCGUAUGCUGGUUGCGAUAAUAGUGGCUGUCCCUUGCUGCCACUUCCUGAAAAUGGGCAUUUCUGA